GAGAAGCGUGAAGCCAUCAAUCUCAAAAUUUGCAGCGACAAUCACGACAACAACCACGGCCACACAAUUUCACAGUACGUUACACCCCAUUGUGAAGAAAUCAACGAGCUCAGCUAAUUCCCUCCAGAUGGGUAAGAUACAGAUUUUUUUGCUUCAAUCCGAUGGACUAGACCCUCGAAACAAUCGAUAAGACAAUUGCGCAUCCCUCGACUCUUUUUCUCUGCGAACCUCUCGACAAUGUAAUGAUUGGCAUAAGGCAGAAAUCUGCAUUCGAUUUGAGUAUUUGGAGCGACUAGAAUUGAGUAAAUUGGAUGUUUGGUUGGUUGCAGAUGUGGGCCGGGAACAUUUACGAAUGGCACGAAAAGAAAUCCAAGAAUUAAGGCACCACUAUCCAGCUUCUUGAAAUAUCACAUGCAGAUUGUUCUCUGCAUGAUACGAAAGAUUCGCAUUUUCAUACUGUUCCAACUCGACAUACAAUACAACCAAGUCAACAAUUACCAUGUCACUCAGUUAUGAUACCAGUCACGAAUUGCACUUUUGGACCUACCAGUUGAUUCAGCAUGGAUUCGAGAUUGAGACUUGGAAAAUCUGGAAGCUAACUUGGUUUCCUUUAGGUCGCCUUAGAGAAUACCAGGUCAUUGGCCGCCAUUUGCCAUCCGAGGCAAACCCAGCCCCAAAGUUGUACCGCAUGAGAAUUUUUGCACCAAACACCGUUGUUGCAAAGUCUCGUUUCUGGUACUUCUUGAUGAAGUUGAGAAAGGUCAAGAAGGCAAACGGAGAGAUCGUCAGCUUGAACGAGGUAUGCGAUAGUACAAUAACAUUCAAAAGUUCACAAAUCCUAAUUUUUACUUCUACAGAUCUCUGAGAAGCGCCCAAUGAAGGUCAAGAACUUUGGUAUCUGGAUCAGAUAUGAUUCUCGUUCCGGAACUCACAACAUGUACAAGGAGUACCGUGAGAUGUCAAGAACCGAUGCUGUUGAGGCUUUGUACCAAGAUAUGGCUGCUAGACAUCGUUCCCGUUUCAGGUCGAUCCACGUAAGUUUAGACUUUACUCUGCCGAAAUGAAUCAUCAUUUACUGAUUCUGUAAAUAGAUCCUCAAGGUUGUUGAGAUCGAGAAGACGGAAGACGUCAAGCGCCCAUACAUCAAGCAACUCCUCGAAAAGGACCUCAAAUUCCCCCUUCCUCAUCGUGUUUCCAAAUCCAUGACCGCCAACCUCUUCGCCUCAAAGAGACCAUCAACUUUCUACUAAGUGUUUCGUGGCAUAAGUCUGGGUUGGGGUUUCAAAUAUUGGUGUUUUUACAUGCAUCUCGGAGAGGUGUUUUAGCUUAAGCUCAAUGAAUGGGAUCACGAGUAGCAAACAACAAUAUUGACAUGAUAAAUGGUUUUUUGUGCAGUUUUCAAUUCUUGAAUUCAUGUAUUUGUGAAAGUCACUUUGCCAUGAAAGUAUUUCGGUACUUCAAUGCGCCAGUCAUUAUUCACGUUCCUUAGGAUAUUACAUCUGCACAACGAAAGUGCAAUUACCAAUAAAGUUCAU